GGAAGUCUGCCCGUGGUUUCCAGGAGAAGGGACAGUAGACAUAGAUUUAUGGAAUAAGGUAGGAGAGGGAUUACAAACUUAUUAUUCUGCCCACGGACCAAAGAAGGUUCCAGUAGAUACUUUUGGACUGUGGACCUUGAUUAAAGAUUCUUUAGAUCUUAAGCAUGAAGGAUUUAAGAUAGAAAAUGUGAAAGAGCAUGCCCCUGGUACGGGUCAAGCCAUUAAGGAAAACGAAAGCAAUCUUGCUUCUCCAGCUAUCUCCCUGUCUGCUCUGCCAUUAGAGGUGCCGGAAGGGCGGGAGCCAUCUUAUCAUGAACUGGACAGCGGCUGGGAUGAGGAGAUGGAGGAGGAACAGAGCCCUCUAGUGGAGGAAGCUUUAGUUCAACUUUGUGAUAAGGAAAUACAAACAAUAGAGAUAGCCUCCAUAGGCUCUAGCAAGAAAGUUUAUCCAUCCCUGCUCACAGCAACGCAGAGAGUCGCCACAGACCCAUCCGGAAUACCUUUCAAAGAGUGGUGCAAUGAAAUUCAGGGCACUCUGAAGUGGCUUACUUUAGCCUUAGGAGCACAGCAAGAGAUGGGACAGCCGCACUCCGAGAGAAGAGACUCCCCUGUAAGUAAGGCUGAAACAGCUCCCCUUGAAAGGGCAGGUUUUGAUCCUGUUCAGCCUAUAUCCUCAGAACACACUAAAGAGAAAAGAGUGGAGCGAAAGACAGAGAAGGGUUUAGAACAGAAAGAAAAACAGCCCGUAGAGUCUAAGGAAGAAAAGCCUCAUGUGCUCCCAGUUAAUAUGCAGAAGAGACAGAGAAAGGUUACUCCUCUUGAGGCAGUACUACAACAAGCUCAAGAUCAGGGAGAGGACACACAAGAAUUUUUUGCCUAUCCAGUGUUAGAACGGCCAGGUGACAACGGAGAGGUAUUCAGACAACAUGUGCCAUUUCCUUUCAAACAGUUGAAAGAGCUGAAAGAGGCCUGCAAUAAAUAUGGCCCCACUGCUCCGUUUACAUUAACCAUCUUAGAAGCUAUGACUACAGAGGCUUUGCCCGCGGGAGACUGGAAGUCCUUAGCACAUGCAUGUCUUACAGGGAGAGAUUAUCUGUUAUGGAAAUUAGCUGAUGCAGCCACGUGCUGCAUAGGCCUUACACAAAUAGAAAAGGCUACGCACUCUCACUCAUUACAUCAUCAAAACAGUCAUAGUCUUCACAGAUAUUUUCACAUCACUAGAGAAGCUGCGAGACAAAUUGUUAAACAAUGCUCAACCUGUCCUGAGCAUUUCAACCUUCCACAACUUGGUGUCAACCCUCGUGGCCUCCUGCCAAAUCACCUGUGGCAGAUGGAUGUCAUGCACAUCCCUGAAUUUGGAAAAUUAAAAUAUGUCCAUGUUACCAUUGACACCUAUUCAGGUUUCUUGCAUGCUACCGCUCUCUCUGGAGAAUCCACUUCACAAGUUAUUCGCCAUUGCCUCUCUUGCUUUGCUGUUAUGGGCAUUCCAAAGCUGAUUAAAACGGACAAUGGAUCUGGCUAUACUAGUAGCCGCUUUCGCACAUUUUGUGCGCAAUGGGGUAUUGCCCACAAGACAGGCAUCCCCUAUAAUCCCCAGGGCCAAGCACUGUUGAAAGAGCCCAUGGCACUUUGAAAGGCCAGCUCAAUAAAAUUAAGAAGGGGGAGUUAUACCCCAUUACACCUUUGAAUUAUUUAUCCCAUGCACUCUAUAUUUAGAAUUUUUUAACUCUAGACCUUGCAGGACGCAGUUCCGCAGAGCGCUUUUGGUGCUCUGGCGGUCGUCCACCCCUCGGUGCGAUGGAAAGAUCCUCUGACCGGUGCAUGGCAAGGUCCAGAUCCGGUCCUUCUUUGGGGGCGAGGACACGUUUGUGUCUUUCCACAGGAUGCUGAGGGCCCGAGGUGGUUGCCAGAAAGGCUGGUGCAUCAUGCAGACCAUAUUCCUCCUGAUCCUGCUCCAGCUUUGGAGGACCCCAGCUGAAGAGCAAGCAGCGGAGCAAACAGUUCAGUGCAUAUAUUGGGCAUAUGUUCCUGACCCUCCUCUGCUCCAUCCAGUCAGUUGGAAGUCUCCCAAGGUACAGAUUUACUCCAAUAAUUCUGACAUUUUGGGAGGCCCAUCGGAACACCUAGCGAUAGGAGCAACGGCACCUUGCCUUCUGACCACCCUGUGUGCAGUGUGCUUACAUCUUCAUCUUCACUUAAAAAUGACACAUUGCCACUACCCUGGACAAAGUGAAAGGGCUCUCCUUCACUUGCGGGCACAGGUGGUGAAUGGCCACAGCAGAUGAACAUCACUAAAGAGCUUUACAUUGUGGACUGGUCUGUAGGACCAAAUUCAAAAACGCCAGCCCCGCAAUACAGAGGACUCUCUAUGGGACUUUGGUACACUCCAGAUGGGUACCCUCAAACCUCUUGGUGGAAAAUAGGGGUGGCUAUGGGAGAGUUAGAUUGGGACAAUAGUACAAGCGUUAAUGUAAACAAUGACACACAUGUGACGGGUUGUGUGCCACCCCCCAUGCACUGUUGGUAGAGUCUAUUUCUAUUAAUAUGACUUAUCAGAAAAAUAUGUUUCACAUUGCCUGUAAAAAUUGCAGUCUCACUAGCUGCAUCUCUUCUGUGUCCAACAAUACCAUGGUUCUUUUACUUAAGCAACCCCCUUUCCUUUUGAUUCCUGUGAACCACACGGAACCUUGGUAUGAUGAUAAGGGCCUGUAAGUGUUGAUAGAAUUGAAGAAAGCUCUAGACCAUCCCAAGAGAGCUAUGGACCUCAUUAUUGUAGGGUUGUUAUCUUUAAUUCCCUUUAUUGUAUCUUCUACUGUAGCAGCUGUAGCAUUAACUGAGAAUGAACAAACUGCAAUCUAUGUCAAUGGUUUGACCGAACUGUGGUUUGAUCCACUCAAGAUAUCCUAGACACCCUCAAGCACGCAGCCUCUCCUUUUGGCAAGUUGGGAGACUUGCCCCAUUUUCUGUUAUCCACUGCGACUGCUCUGCUAUGUUUUCUUGUAAUGAUAUUAUUGAUACCUUGUGUCAUCAAACUAGGAUUACAGUCCUUUUUGCAACUGGGUUCCAAGACCCAUAUGCUAGCUCUUAAAUGCCACCCUCCUUAUAUGAAUGUGGAGAAGGGGACAGGAUAGUCAACGAUGGGUAAGUGUCUUGGAGACCUAUGGCAACCUAAGACAGGGCCCUCAUGAUGGAAUGUGGGUACCAAUGACAGGUAAGUCCAGAUGAGUCAUCCAGGAACACCUAAGACAGGCACUGUCACCCUCUUAUAAAAUAAAAAAGGGGGAGAUGUGGGGAGCGGGCUAUGCCCUUCCCCCACUUGCUGAUGUGGCAGGAAUGGAGAACAAAGAACAUCCUGUUUACGCAUUCCAUGAGCAACUGAAGGAGCCCUGCUGUGCCUACCUUUGCCCGGCUACCGCUGAUGUCAAUACUGUGCUUGAUUGUCUAUUGGAUAAUGCUAUUUCCUGGAAUAGUGUGCUUCUUUGCUGUAUAAAUACUCUGGACUCGAAAAAAGCUUUGCUGGCGAUGUGCAGGAGCGUCAGCCCUCCCAGCUCUUUCUGUCUUUCUUCCGCACUUCAGGACCUGCUCGACUUGGUGCGGCCGGACCGCGUCAAGGCAUGUGCAACCCAGCCCACCUCUCUAAACCGCCACACUCAGGGCUGCUCAUCUCUCAAGCAUGCCUGCACUCCCUCCUUGAGUGUGUACUUUAAUAACCUCCUUUGCUCAACCUGCUCUUGAAUUCUUUCUUGACCAGAGUCAGAACCCUCUUCAGGGUUGAGGUCUCACCUAGUGCACGAGGUCCUCCCUGGGUUGGAUUUCUCAACAACACUAUGUUUAA